GUCGUACAGUUUAUUUAGUCAUUCUGUGGCGAAUAUCUUUGCCUCCUCCUUAAUAGAUUUUGCCAGGGCUCGUUUUGUUCACUCUGUCGGAUUUCACAUUAUAUUGCCCACCUGUUCAUGCCGGUUGGACCUGACAACUGCAAAGCUCUUUGAAAAAUGGAUCUCACUAAAUGGACUGUGCUAAGUCUAAUAGACAGCAAAUUUCUCCGAAAUUUAAAACUGGCUGUCAUAUUUGGCAAUUUGGGCAGUGAGGUCAUCAUGGUCACAAAUGAAGAUGAUGUGUAUGCCAUGGGAUGCAAUUCGUCUGGAUGUCUGGGUCUUGGUGAUACUGCUAGUGCCUUGCAACCCAGAAAAAUUGAGAGUUUAAGUAAGAAAAAAAUCAAAGGAUUGGCAUAUGGAUCAGGUCUUCAUCUGUUGGCAUUCUCUGAUUCUGGGGAGCUUUACACUUGGGGUUAUAAUACCUACUCUCAGCUUGGAAAUGGAAAUACUAAUCACACUUUAACACCAUCACUAGUUGGUGGAGUUCUAGCAGGGAAAACUGUGAUUCAAGUUGGGUGUGGGAAUCAUCACUGCCUGGCAUUAACGAGCGAAGGUGAAGUUUACGCCUGGGGUCAGAAUAAUGGGGGUCAGUGUGGAUCAGGUACCACAACAGGACAAAGCGUCCCUCGCAGAGUAACCUCCGGAAUCGGAGGACAUAAAGUGGUGGCUAUAGCGUGUGGUCAACUUACAUCUAUGGCUCUACUGCAUGACGGAGAACUCUAUGGAUGGGGGUAUAAUGGGAAUGGUGAACUUGGAAUUGGAAAUAAUAACAAUCAGCAUAAUCCGGUUCGCGUGAGCAAUCUUCAUAAAGUCUUCGUUACUCAGGUUGUUUGCGGGUUUGCCCAUUGCCUUGCCUUGACCGAUCAAGGGGAACUGUACGCGUGGGGAGCCAAUUCGUAUGGCCAGCUUGGCACCGGGUACAAAACGCAUCAUCUUUCGCCUGUGAUAGUUGCCCCUGAGCUCGGAAAGGUAGUAGAAAUUGCAGCGUGCCAUCUCUCUCACAUUUCGGCUGCCAUGCUUCACGACGGCAAAAUCUACAUGUGGGGCCAUUGCCGGGGUCACAGCAUCUUUUCGCCAUCUCUAACGCCUUACACGCAUCUCGAUGAAGUCUUUGCAUGCUAUAGUACUCCAGCAGUAACCUGGAGAACACUGCAAUUCCGUGCGCGGCAAGAUACCCCUUUGGCUGAAACGCUUAGAUUAGCCUUUAACGAUGAGAACACAGGAGAUCUAUGCUUUAAAGUAGGCGGAAAUUCCAUUUGGGUGCAUAAAGCUAUUCUGAAAAUUCGUUGCCAAUAUUAUCGUGCAAUGUUUCAGCACCCGUGGGCAGAGGCAAAUCAAGAGACAGUAGAGAUAGAGCAGUUUUCGUAUCCAGUAUACUAUUGCUUCCUUAAAUAUUUAUAUACCGACGAGGUGGACCUGCCUGUGAAUGAAGCGCUAGGCUUAUUGGAUUUGGCGAAUGCGUACUGCGAAACAGAAUUAAAGUCCCGCUGCCAGCACCUCAUCCGUCAAAGCGUUAACAUCGAGAACGUAGCGGUUUUAUUCGAAACUGGUUUGAAGUAUGAAGCACAGGACCUUGAAGAAUAUUGUUUACGAUUCGCCGUUCAUCAUUUAACAGCUGUCGUCCAAACUGAAACAUUUUUAAAAUUAGAAGAAGCCACAAUUAAACAAUUCAUCGUCCGCGUCGGUCGUAUGGGGGCUUUUCGCUACUAAUGCCGAUAUUGCAAUCGUUUCUUUACGGCAAUUUAGGAUCAUAAGUAUUACAAUAAGUUUUGUGUGAUCCCUUUCGUUGAUAAUCUCUAUAAUAGCGCUCUCUUCGUUUCGGAAAUCAAUUGCGACUCACUUUUCAAACAGACAGCAAAGUGCAAGCAGAUUGGGUUUCCUGUGAUAAAUAUUUGUGUUAUAUGUACUUAAAAAAUAUUCGAAUCUGUAAAAUUAUACGUAUUCUUCAAUCAUACUGUC